AUGAAUUACGGGUUCGGGCGAGAGAGCGGUUUUAUCAAUAGUCAGCCGUCGCUUGCAGAGUGCCUGACGUCUUUCCCCGCGGUCGCAGACUCGUUCCAAAGCUCAUCAAUCAUCAAGACGCCGCCGCUGCCACUGCCACCGCCGCCACCGCUGCUGCCUCCGCCCUUUGAGCAGACCAUCCCCAGCCUGCUGAGCGUCAACCCGGGCAGCCAUCCGCGCCACGGCCGCCCCGUCAGGCACAGCAGUCCCGAUGGCUGCAGGAGUCCGCUGGCCACCGCGGCGCUGCCCCCGGAGUACCCCUGGAUGCGGGAGAAGAAGGCGUCGAAGAGAAGCCAGCAGCAACAGCAGAUAUGCAGCAGUAACGGUGGUGGUGGUGGGGUAGUGCGAUGCUUCUCCCCGAAAGGCUCGCCAGAGGGUUUGGAGAGCGGCUUGGGAUCUGGAGCGACUAUCGGAGGAGGAGCAGGCGGCUGUGGGAACGCCAACUCCGGGGGCUCACGCAGGCUGAGGACGGCGUACACAAACACCCAACUGCUGGAGCUGGAGAAGGAAUUCCACUUCAAUAAAUACUUGUGCAGACCGAGGCGUGUGGAGAUCGCCGCUUUGCUGGAUCUAACGGAGCGCCAGGUCAAAGUGUGGUUCCAGAACAGGCGGAUGAAGCACAAAAGGCAGACCCAAACUAAAGACAGCCACUCGGACAGCGGGAAACGGCAAGCAGGCGAGGACAUGAGCGAGGAUGAAGAAGAUGGAUCGCUUUACGAGGCGUUCCAAGCCAAUAGCAACGCGCCGCUGAGUAAUGACAAACAUCUCAAGCAUUUCACUGCUUCGGACGCGGCGUGCCUGGCUACAAUGGGGCCCGUUUCUGGAGCUGGCCCGGACAAUAGCGAUUGCAGUCCCCGGGUGGCUUUGGAGGUCUCCAUACACGACUUCCAGCCUUUCUCCAGCGCGGAUUCCUGCCUGCAGCUGUCCGACGCGGCCUCGCCCAGCCUCUCAGAGUCGCUGGACAGCCCCGGAGAGCUGUCCACGGAUACUUUCUACUUUUUCACGGAAUCCCUGACCACCAUAGACUUGCAGCAUCUCAACUACUAA